AUGUCACGCCAGAAGCAAGCAGAAGAAGUCAUGAUGUCAAGCCUCACCCAAACGGUGGAGCGUGAAGAGGGAGAGGAAGUAAAGGGGGAUGCCUCACAUUUUAACUUAAAAAAUGCUCUCUGGCAUGGUGGUUCUGCCUAUGAUGCUUGGUUCAGUUGUGCCUCAAAUCAGGUUGCCCAGGUUCUGUUGACUCUGCCUUACUCUUUCUCCCAGCUGGGGAUGCUUUCAGGCAUCAUAUUCCAAGUGUUCUACGGCUUGCUUGGGAGUUAUACUGCUUAUUUAAUUAGUAUUCUGUACGUUGAGUACAGAAGCAGGAAAGAGAAAGAGAAUGUCAGCUUCAAAAACCAUGUCAUCCAGUGGUUCGAAGUGUUGGAAGGCUUACUGGGUCCAUACUGGAAAGCCAUUGGAUUGGCAUUCAAUUGUACUUUCCUCCUCUUCGGAUCUGUCAUCCAGCUAAUAGCUUGUGCCAGUAAUAUAUACUACAUAAAUGACCACUUGGACAAGAGGACUUGGACCUACAUAUUUGGAGCUUGUUGUGCCACCACAGUGUUCAUUCCAUCAUUUCACAACUACAGGAUAUGGUCCUUCCUUGGUCUUGGCAUGACCACAUACACAGCUUGGUAUUUGACCAUUGCAGCACUUGUUCAUGGCCGGGUUGAAAAUGUGACACAUUCAAGCCCAAACAAGUUGGUUUUGUAUUUCACAGGCGCCACCAACAUACUCUACACUUUCGGCGGGCACGCAGUCACAGUGGAAAUCAUGCAUGCAAUGUGGAAGCCUCAGAAGUUCAAAUAUAUAUAUUUUUAUGCAACAUUAUAUGUGUUCACCCUCACUCUACCCUCUGCUAUUUCCGUUUACUGGGCCUUUGGUGACCGACUUUUGGAUCACUCCAAUGCUUUCUCACUUCUCCCUCGUACUGGCUGGCGUGACGCCGGUGUCAUCCUAAUGCUCAUUCAUCAGUUCAUCACAUUUGGGUUUGCUUGUACGCCAUUGUAUUUUGUGUGGGAGAAAGUGAUAGGAAUGCAUGACACAAAGAGCAUAUGUUUGAGGGCUCUGGCCAGGUUACCUGUGGUGAUACCGAUAUGGUUUUUGGCUAUUAUUUUCCCUUUCUUUGGGCCCAUUAAUUCAGCUGUGGGGGCCCUUUUGGUCAGCUUCACCGUUUACAUCAUUCCUGCUUCUGCCCAUAUGCUCACCUUCAGAUCUGCCACCGCAAGACAGAAUGCUGCGGAGAAAUUGCCCUUCUUUAUUCCAAACUGGACGGCGAUGUAUGUGGUGAAUGCACUUGUGGUGGUGUGGGUUCUGGUGGUGGGCUUUGGGUUUGGAGGGUGGGCCAGCAUGACAAACUUCAUCAAACAGGUUGACACAUUUGGACUAUUUGCCAAGUGCUACCAGUGCCCGCCCAAAUUAACCAACCACACCUUGCAUCACUGA